AUGUCGUCCAAGUACGGUGGAAGCAUUAUCGGACUCGUAUAUCCCAAUAUCCACGUCUUUAUCCGGUUUGACGGUCAAAGUGUUGGUGGGGAGCCUGUCUCGUUCUAUCCCCCUACAUCAGGAUCAUCGACUAAUGCCCCCACAUUCCAUCCCGGUGCGACUGAAGGAGAGGUACAGUUAUUUGAUCCAUGGUACCCUCCUUAUCCGUACACGGAGGAAGAGCUACUAGGGCAGAAUAGCUGGCAAGCGAGCACCCGUGCGUCCCCCCCGGCACACACUGAUUCGGGGUGGGAUACUUUGCCACAAUACUCGUCUUGGCCAACAAACCGCGCACCGGUAUUUAGGGGCGACUAUCCGUCUUCCUUUAUGGAAGCUUUGGCGUUCCCCGCCACAAACAAGGAUGUGGGCUCGAUUCCAAUCCCCUCAAUAUCCAUCCACAAUAGUCGGCCUUUCACGCCGCAGUCCUCCUUUCAAAACUCAAGUAAUCAGUAUGCAAACAACUACCAAACCUUCCCAGAUACUAUCGGAGAAGGUUUAGGUAACACUAACAUAUCCACAGGCGAACAGCAAACUGUCGAGGAUCAAUGCUCCGGGGAUCAUCCUGUCGAGCACGAUCACACUGAGCGAAACGCACAUGGAAGCAGUGUGUUCCAGAGCAGCCUAUAUAGCCAGAACAAUGCCUCGGAGUGGCUACCCGGGGCAUAUGAAUCCAUCGAAGAGGAAGUACCACAUACCUACGCAGGUACAUGGACGGACGAGUCCAUUGCACCGGAGCAGCCGGCUCCAAGCACCUCCCAGGUACAAGGCCAUGUCCCCAGUUGUAUGGGGGGACUUGGUGUAAGCGUUACACGUGAACGCAAGAGGAGGAAGGACAAAGGGUUCCGGUUCGUCAAUCUAGCUAGCAGGCUAGAUUGA